GAGGAAACUUUACUUGGCUCAACUUUGGUACUAAGCAGGUCUGGACGGAUACUGAAAAAGAAAACUUAAUGAUGGCUAUUUUGGGCGGUUACAUAGCCUUAGCAUUGAAUGGAGAUGUUGGUUUUGCUGAUGGCUUGGAUGAUCAUGCUGAGAAUUUCAAAAACCGCUUUGACGCUAAAAUUUGCAAAAACGUUAAUGACUGUGCCGAUCGAAUUAAAAAUUUUCUAGAAUUAUUUCGUCAUAAAAUGAAAUGA